AUGAUUGAUGAACAAGAUUUCCUCCACGAAAUCCAAGAACAGGAUGGUGGAUUUGAAUCCGGCGCCACAGAUCGUCUCUCCUUGCUCCACCUCUCUCCGGACGCCCACGCCCCUCUCCAUUGCUCCACCACCGGCAUUCCCUCCAAGACCACCUCUGGUGGUGGCUUAAUCGAAAAAUGCACCAAUUGUUGCGGCGGCUCCACCAAAAGACAGCCACCACCGUCCUUACAAGAACCUUCUCCCAAAAGGGCCACUCUCCACUCCGCCUCCACUAACCAUCAUUUCCCCGGCUUCACUAAACUCCCACUUCCAAACCCUUUACCAUCCCUUAUUCACCAUACUGUAUCUGAGCCGAUAUACACUUCUGACGGCAUGAAUGCUGCACAAUUCUCAGGAUUUUCCGCUGGUCAGGACUCCAUCUUGAACCCACAACUAGAAGAGGGCUCCAAGUCAAAUGCAGUUCAAGAAACUGCGCCACCUCUAGUGGGGGCACCGCCACAUGUCCCGGCAUGUCUCUACCGGACAAUGUCUGAUCCUACUCCUGCUGUCAAUUACGAGCCAGUGACCACCACCACGCCUCCACGGCCACCAGCUGCUAGAAAGUAUUCUCGGUCCCCAUGCAGAAGGGAAAGUCCUAAUACCAAGAGGCUUAACAAAAUGAGGGAGAGGCUGAAAGAGAUGAACCAGUGGUGGAAUCAAGUCCUGCACGAAAGUGAAGAGGGCAAACACGAAGACAGUGGCUCUGAAGAUAACAAUACUAAAAACAAUCUCAAGGAUGAAUCCGAGACUGAAAUUGAAGAACCUGCAGAGGAAGCUGUGUGGGUAGAGAGGAAGGGGGAGUUCUUGGUUCUUCAUUUCAGGUGCCCCUGUGGCAAAGGCUAUCAGAUUCUUCUUCGUGGAAGCAACUGUUACUACAAGCUCACAAGUUUCUGA